CGAUGAGGACGAAAUACUGGCGACCACAUGAGGUCCUCAUUUUCAAAACAAACAAAAUGGCGGCGCACUUGAGAUGGGGUCUUCACCAGUUGUUGCGGGCAAGAAAUACGGCUCACUUUAGGUUUCCAGACAAGACCAGAAGCUCAUACCACUCACAGUGCACGACCCAGAGCUCCAGAAAAGUUCAGCCUCGGGCCCGGACGGGAACCACACACUUCUCAAUAAGACAACUGUCCAUCCAGACUCAAGACACUCCAAACCCCAGAAGCUUGAAGUUUCUCCCUGGGAAACCUGUCCUAGGAAGUGGGACGCUUGAUUUUCCCUCUCCAAGCUCCGCUGAAUGUUCAUCUUUAGCCAGGGUCUUGUUUGAAAUCGAAGGAGUAAAAAGUGUGUUCUUUGGCCCUGACUUCAUCACAGUCACUAAAACAGAUGAAGAUGUGGAAUGGACAGACAUCAAGCGCCAUGCUUUGGAGGCCAUUGCUAAGUUCUUUGAGAGUGGUGACCCAAUAACAACAGGGGUAGUUUACCAUGAAAGCAGUCUCUCUGAAGAUGAUGACGAUAUUGUAUCUAUGAUAAAGGAGCUUCUGGACACCAGAAUCAGGCCCACAGUGCAGGAGGACGGAGGCGAUGUCAUCUAUAAGGGUUUUGAGGACGGAACAGUCAAGCUGAAGCUGGUCGGUUCCUGCACAGGGUGUCCUAGCUCUACAGUCACCCUGAAGAACGGGAUUCAGAACAUGCUGCAGUUUUAUAUCCCAGAAGUAGACAUGGUGGAACAGGUGGAAGAUGAAGUGGAUGAAAUCAAUUCAAAGGUUUUCUCAGAGCUGGAACGCAAAUUACAAGAAUAAAAACUUGCUCGACCAACACAGUCACUAACUUUGAAGAAAAACAUGUUUCACCGUGUAAAAGCACAGCCAUGCAUUAUUUCCGCUAAUUACCAUUAUACAUGACAAGAAUUAAGAGAGAAAAUAUUUUCCUGCUAUUUUGUGCAUAUAAUUUCAAGUUCAAGCUGUAAUUUGUGUUUACAUACUGUAUGCCCCUGUUACCAAGCAGAGAUGAUUUACUGUAUACCUGUAUACAGAAGAUACAGUCAUUUUUCUGUCUAAACAAAAAUGUUCUGCUGCACUGGCUGUAAAUAUUACGUUGUAUUUAUUUCUUAUAAAUAUUGUAUAUUCUGAACUACUGUAAUAUUUUCUUAGAAUGGAGAGUUUUUGACAAUUGGUUAUGGUUAUGCAGAAUGAAGAUUUGAUAAAGUGGAACAGUUGUUGCUAUCAUAUUCCAAGUGAAACAUAACUAAACAAUUUUUUUUUUUGUUAAUGCAUCACCUAUAAAUGAAAUAAAAUGUUAUCAAGGCCACAAUUAUUCAUCAAGCAGAGGUACGUUUUGCAUCCUCAAAGAUCUGUAUGCUAUCGAUGUGCUUUGUGCUCCACUCAUAAGAUUUACUGUAUCACAUUAAACAAAGUUCACAGUUUAAAAGCAAA